CUUGGGGGCGAUGUUGACGCUGGCGUCAAGAUGGCGGCGUGUGGCGGCAGCGGAGGCGGCGGCUUGUCUCGGCGGAGGCCUCAUCUGGGCCUGGCCGUGCUGGCGGCGGCGUCCUUGCUGCUCGGGGGCCCCGCCGAGUCCCGCGUCCACCACCUGGCCCUCAAGGAUGAUGUUCGGCAGAAAGUCCAUCUCAAUACCUUCGGUUUCUUCAAAGAUGGCUUCAUGAAGGUCAAUGUGAGCAGCCUCUCGGUCAAGCAGAUUGGAGACGUGGACAGGAGCUUCCAGGUGGGCUUCAGUUUAGACCGAACGCGGAACGAUGGAUUCUCCACUUACCUGGAUGAAGAAAUGGAUUACUGCAUUUUGAACAAAACCCCAGAUCACGACGUUUCGGUCACGCUCCUCCUCCUGGAUUUUGCAAAGAAACUCAUCAAAGUCAAGACCAAAGUCAACACCCCCAACUUGCCGGAAAUCAUAUUCACGGACCCCUCGGCCGAGGCGCAGCCGGCAGGCGCACAGAAUGCAGAUUCGAAGCCGGUCUCCGGUCCAAAUGGAACUGCAGUCCAGACUCAGGUGCCAGCCGAAGUCACCCACCCCAUCCAAAGCAAAGACAAUGGUUACUCCUUCCAGUUCUCCUUCAACGUCAGCGCAGAGACCCAAGAGGGGCUUUAUAGCCUCUAUUUCCACAAAUGCGUCGGGAAGGAUGUGCAAAAUGAGCAAGUCAUCUUCAGCCUGGAGAUUGGGAUCAUGGAGCAGAAUCCCGACAGCUACCUCUCGGCCGGAGAAAUCCCUCUCCCCAAGCUCUACAUCUCCAUGGCCUUCUUCUUCUUCAUUGCUGGAACCGUCUGGAUCCACACGCUUCGGAAACGCAGGACCGACGUCUUCAAAAUCCACUGGCUCAUGGCUGCCCUCCCUUUCACCAAAUCCUUGUCCUUGGUCUUCCAUGCAAUCGAUUACCACUACAUCUCGACUCAGGGCUACCCUAUUGAAGGCUGGGCGGUCGUCUACUAUAUCACUCACCUGCUGAAGGGCGCCUUGCUGUUCAUCACCAUCGCCCUCAUUGGCACCGGCUGGGCGUUCAUUAAGCACAUCCUCUCCGACAAGGACAAGAAGAUCUUCAUGAUUGUUAUCCCACUGCAGGUCUUGGCCAACGUGGCCUACAUCAUCAUUGAGUCGACGGAAGAAGGCACCACGGAGUACGGCCUCUGGAAGGAGAUCCUUUUCCUGGUGGACCUGCUCUGCUGUGGCGCCAUCCUCUUCCCGGUCGUGUGGUCCAUAAGGCACUUACAAGAAGCCUCUGCAACAGACGGGAAAGCGGCCAUUAACCUGGCAAAGCUGAAGCUGUUCCGACACUACUACGUGAUGAUCGUCUGUUACAUUUACUUUACGCGGAUCAUUGCCAUCCUCAUCAAAAUCGCCGUUCCGUUCCAGUGGAAGUGGCUGUACCAGCUGCUGGAUGAGAUGGCGACCCUGGUCUUCUUCCUCCUCACUGGAUACAAGUUCCGGCCGGCCUCGGACAAUCCCUACUUGCAGCUCUCUCAGGACGACGACGACAGCCUGGACAUGGAGGCCGUGGUGACCACUUCGGGAGUCAUGGAAGGCAUGAAGAAAGUCAAGAAAGUGGUCAACGGCUCAUCGGAAGUGCGAGGCGAGCGGGAAAGCACCGCGUGACGGGCGCCAUGAUGGAUUCUUCCUUCCUCCUCGAUCUUCUCCUUUUUUAUUAUUAUUAUUAUUAUUUCCUCCGACUCCCUCUCAACCCAUAGGGCAAGGCAGCACUUUCUGUUGGUUUUUUUUUCUUCCUCCGGAUAAACUGUAAUUUAUUGAUCUUUGGCUUUCCUUCUGCAACGGAACAAAAGGGAGCCGGACGGCGCUUCCCGGUGCGGAAAAUGCAGAAUAUUCUGGAUUUUUUGGGGGAGGGAAAGGGCUGUGGCUUCGGGGUGGGGAACUGGGACAAAAUCCAACCGUAAUAACAAUAAUAAAAAUAAUAGAGGGCAAUGCCCACCUUCUACUUAACUGCCUGACGGACUUGGGCGCUUUUCCGGUGCCGACCAGGACAUUUCUUUUUAAUUUCUAAUUUUGUGUGUGGAUAUAUAUAUCAAUCUAUAUAUACUUAUAUA